CCUGGCGCGGAUGAUGAAACGUCAGCUGACUGAUGACGCGGAAUUCCGAGUAACUUUUUUCAGAGGAGGAAGCACGUUUUUUUUUUUUUUCUCGAUCACGUAGACUACGAAGCCGGCGGCCGGUCGUGGGACAAAAGCGAGGAAGUUAGAGGUUACCUUCUGAAUCCACCUGUUUUGGCGCUAUAACUAAAACCACAAGAAACUAUGGGCGACAUCGAGAAGGGAAAGAAGACAUUCGUCCAAAAGUGUGCCCAGUGUCACACUGUGGAAAACGGUGGGAAGCAUAAAACUGGACCCAACUUAUGGGGCCUCUUUGGCCGCCAAACAGGCCAGGCACCCGGCUACUCUUACACGGAUGCCAACAAAACCAAAGGCAUUACAUGGAAUGAAGACACCCUGAUGAUUUAUCUGGAGAAUCCAAAGAAGUACAUUCCUGGGACAAAGAUGAUCUUCGCUGGCAUCAAAAAGAAGAAUGAGCGUGCUGACCUCAUCGCGUACCUUAAGUCGGCCACUUCGUAAAACGGCCCUUCCUCUGCGCAGCGUUAUCCGUCUUUGUGUCUUAAAAUGAACAGCAGAAGCGAAUUUUUCAUUCCAAACCUGAGGCAGAGCAACCAGCUAAACUGAAGUUUUGAUUAAAUGGCCACGUUUGCUGGAGCUGUGCAUGAAAUUCUGAUGUCUAUUUUUCUUGCUGAUGUUUGUAAAUGACAACUUCCUGUUUUUUAAACGGGUAUAUUUUUCUAAUAUAGAAUAAUAAAAUAUGUAAUAACUACUGUGCAUUCCACAUUAGGGAAAUGAAUCGGACCUCUUGCUGUUAUCUAUUGUUUUUCUAAUUAUUUUUGUCUUUGCAAUUUUUGUGAGUUGAAUAAAACUGACACUAAACUUA